CCUCUCCCAUCUCAUGAUGAGUGAACAAGGUAGGUGUUACGUGCCUGUGGAGAAUGUGGCCACUUUCAGGGGCUCCGAGUACCUGUGCUACGACCUGUCUCAGAACCCCAUCCAGAGCAGCAGUGAUGAGAUCACUCUCUCCUUCAAGACCUGGCAGAGAAACGGGCUCAUUCUGCACACCGGCAAGUCAGCUGAUUAUGUCAACCUGGCUCUGAAGGAUGGUGCGGUCUCCUUGGUCAUUAACCUGGGCUCCGGGGCCUUUGAGGCCAUUGUGGAGCCUGUGAAUGGAAAGUUUAACGACAACGCCUGGCACGAUGUCAAAGUGACCCGCAACCUCCGGCAGGUAACAAUCUCUGUGGAUGGCAUCCUUACCACGACAGGCUACACUCAAGAGGAUUACACCAUGCUGGGCUCAGAUGACUUCUUCUAUGUGGGAGGAAGCCCAAGUACUGCUGAUUUACCAGGCUCGCCUGUCAGCAACAACUUCAUGGGCUGCCUGAAAGAGGUUGUUUAUAAGAAUAAUGACAUCCGCCUGGAGCUGUCUCGCCUGGCCAGGAUUGGAGACACUAAAAUGAAAAUCUAUGGUGAAGUUGUAUUCAAAUGUGAGAAUGUGGCCACGCUGGACCCCAUCAACUUCGAGACUCCAGAGGCUUAUAUCAGCUUGCCCAAGUGGAACACCAAACGCAUGGGUUCCAUCUCCUUUGACUUCCGCACCACCGAACCCAAUGGCCUGAUCCUCUUUACUCAUGGCAAACCCCAAGAGAGGAAAGAUGCUCGGAGCCAGAAGAACACCAAGGUGGAUUUCUUCGCUGUGGAACUUCUUGAUGGCAACCUAUACUUAUUACUUGAUAUGGGCUCUGGCACCAUCAAAGUGAAAGCCACACAGAAGAAAGCUAAUGAUGGGGAAUGGUACCACGUGGACAUUCAACGAGAUGGCAGAUCAGGUACCAUAUCAGUGAACAGCAGGCGCACGCCCUUCACUGCCAGUGGAGAAAGUGAGAUCCUGGACCUGGAAGGGGACAUGUACCUGGGAGGGCUGCCAGAAAACCGUGCUGGCCUCAUCCUCCCCACUGAGCUCUGGACUGCUAUGCUCAACUAUGGCUAUGUGGGCUGCAUCCGGGACCUGUUCAUCGAUGGGCGCAGCAAGAACAUCCGGCAGCUGGCAGAAAUGCAGAAUGCAGCAGGCGUCAAGUCCUCCUGUUCACGAAUGAACGCUAAGCAGUGUGACAGCUACCCCUGUAAGAACAAUGCUGUGUGCAAGGACGGCUGGAACCGCUUCAUCUGCGACUGCACUGGCACUGGCUACUGGGGACGAACCUGUGAAAGGGAGGCCUCCAUCCUGAGCUAUGAUGGUAGCAUGUACAUGAAGAUCAUCAUGCCCAUGGUCAUGCACACUGAGGCAGAGGAUGUGUCUUUCCGCUUCAUGUCCCAGCGAGCUUAUGGGUUGCUGGUGGCAACUACCUCCAGGGAUUCUGCUGACACACUGCGUCUGGAGCUAGAUGGGGGUCGAGUCAAGCUAAUGGUUAACUUAGACUGUAUCAGGAUAAACUGUAACUCCAGCAAAGGACCUGAAACCCUAUAUGCGGGGCAGAAGCUCAAUGACAAUGAAUGGCACACUGUUCGGGUAGUGAGGAGAGGAAAAAGCCUUAAGUUGACGGUGGAUGAUGACGUGGCUGAGGGUACAAUGGUGGGAGAUCAUACGCGUUUGGAAUUCCACAAUAUCGAAACUGGCAUCAUGACCGAGAAACGUUACAUCUCCGUUGUCCCCUCCAGUUUCAUUGGCCACCUGCAGAGCCUCAUGUUUAAUGGCCUGCUGUACAUUGAUCUGUGCAAAAAUGGUGACAUCGAUUACUGUGAGCUGAAGGCACGCUUUGGACUUAGGAACAUCAUUGCUGACCCUGUCACCUUCAAGACCAAGAGCAGUUACUUAAGCCUGGCCACCCUUCAGGCCUACACAUCCAUGCACCUCUUCUUCCAGUUCAAGACCACCUCUGCUGAUGGCUUCAUUCUCUUCAACAGCGGUGAUGGCAAUGAUUUUAUUGCAGUGGAGCUGGUCAAGGGGUACAUACACUACGUGUUUGACCUUGGAAAUGGUCCCAAUGUGAUCAAAGGCAACAGUGACCGUCCCCUGAAUGACAACCAGUGGCACAACGUCGUCAUCACACGGGACAACAGUAACACCCACAGCCUGAAAGUUGACACAAAGGUGGUCACUCAGGUUAUCAAUGGUGCCAAAAAUCUGGAUUUGAAAGGUGACCUCUACAUGGCGGGUCUGGCCCAAGGCAUGUAUAGCAACCUCCCCAAACUUGUGGCUUCUCGGGAUGGCUUUCAAGGCUGUCUGGCAUCAGUGGACUUGAAUGGUCGCCUUCCAGACCUCAUCAAUGAUGCUCUCCAUCGUAGUGGACAGAUCGAACGUGGCUGUGAAGUUGCGUUGACCAAAGCUGACCUGCAAGGACCAAGCACCACCUGCCAGGAAGAUUCCUGUGCUAACCAAGGAGUCUGCAUGCAGCAGUGGGAAGGCUUCACAUGUGACUGUUCCAUGACCUCAUAUUCUGGGAACCAGUGUAAUGAUCCUGGCGCUACCUACAUCUUUGGCAAGAGCGGAGGCCUCAUCGUAUAUACCUGGCCGGCCAAUGACAGACCCAGCACACGUUCUGACCGCUUGGCCGUGGGCUUCAGCACUACUGUCAAGGAUGGGAUCUUGGUGCGCAUCGACAGUGCGCCGGGCCUGGGUGACUUCCUUCAGCUUCACAUAGAACAGGGGAAAAUUGGAGUUGUCUUCAAUAUUGGUACUGUGGACAUCUCUAUCAAAGAAGAGAGAACUCCUGUAAAUGAUGGUAAAUACCAUGUGGUGCGAUUCACCAGGAAUGGCGGCAAUGCUACCCUUCAGGUGGACAACUGGCCUGUGAAUGAGCAUUACCCCACAGGCAACACUGAUAAUGAACGCUUCCAAAUGGUAAAACAGAAAAUCCCCUUCAAAUAUAACCGGCCCGUAGAGGAGUGGCUGCAGGAAAAAGGCCGGCAGUUAACCAUCUUCAACACCCAGGCGCAAAUAGCCAUUGGUGGAAAAGACAGAGGACGCCUCUUUCAAGGCCAGCUCUCUGGGCUCUAUUAUGAUGGUUUAAAAGUACUGAACAUGGCAGCUGAGAACAACCCCAAUAUCAGAAUCAAUGGAAGUGUUCGACUGGUGGGAGAAGUCCCAUCAAUCUUGGGAACAACACAGACGACUGCCAUGCCACCAGAAAUGUCUACCACUGUCAUGGAAACCACCACUACAAUGGCUACAACUACAACCCGCAAAAAUCGCUCAACAGCCAGCAUUCAGCCAACAUCAGAUGACCUUGUUUCAUCUGCUGAAUGUUCCAGUGAUGACGAAGACUUUGUUGAAUGUGAACCGAGUACAGAUAAGAGUCAUUCCACUUCAAUCUUCGAAGGUGGCUACAAAGCACAUGCGCCCAAGUGGGAAUCCAAGGACUUUAGACCUAACAAAGUCUCCGAAACUAGUAGGACUACUACCACAUCUUUGUCCCCUGAGCUGAUCCGCUUCACAGCUUCCUCCUCGUCUGGGAUGGUACCCAAAUUGCCAGCAGGCAAAAUGAAUAACCGUGAUCUCAAACCCCAGCCUGAUCUAGUCUUGCUUCCGUUACCCACUGCCUAUGAGCUAGACAGCACCAAACUGAAGAGCCCACUAAUUACUUCCCCCAUGUUCCGUAAUGUGCCCACAGCAAACCCCACGGAGCCGGGAGUCAGACGGGUUCCGGGGGCCUCAGAGGUGAUCCGGGAGUCGAGCAGUACAACAGGGAUGGUCGUCGGCAUUGUGGCUGCUGCCGCCCUCUGCAUCUUGAUCCUCCUGUACGCCAUGUACAAGUACAGGAACAGGGACGAGGGGUCCUAUCAAGUGGACGAGACGCGGAAUUACAUCAGCAACUCGGCCCAGAGCAACGGCACGCUCCUCAAGGAGAAGCAGCAGAGCUCCAAGAGUGGCCACAAGAAGCAGAAGAACAAGGACAAAGAGUAUUACGUGUAAAAAAUUCGAUUCAAUUCAAGCAAAAUGACACCGCCAAUCAGAGCUGAAUGGCCAACACAGAA